AUGGAAAACACCAAAACCGACAUUCCCAAAAGGCUCAGCGAGGAUCACAAUGGCGACAUGCGGGAGCAGUCGAAACUGGCCACGGACAUUGAGCAUUCUCUCGGAGUGAUUGAAGCCGUGAAGCUCUAUCCCAUGGCUGUACUCUGGGCCACGCUCUUCGCCUGGUCUCUGGUCAUGGUUGGCUAUGACUCCGGCAUCAUAUACAGCUUCUACGCUCUUCCCGCUUUCGUCAAGAAGUAUGGCACCUACUAUGGCCCGGAAAUCGGCUACGAAGUGUCCGCGAAAUGGCAAAACGUCCUGGGAAUGGGCACACCGGUUGGUCAAUUUCUCGGAGCGUUCACUGCGUCCUGGCCGAUGGAACGAUGGGGCCGCAAGAAAGUGUUUUGGGCGUCCCUGUUCUUCACUACGGUUUGGAUCUUUCUGCAGAUGUUCGCAAACAACAUCCAUACUCUGGCCGCCGGUGAGUUCCUCGCGGGCAUCAUGUAUGGAACCUAUGUGGUACUGGCUCCCACCUAUGCAUCUGAGGUUUGCCCGUUGGCUCUUCGCGGGAUCCUGAAUGCGGGUAUGAACUUGGCUUAUGUUAUUGGCCAAUUCGUGGCAGCAGGCGUAGGGAAAGGAGUCGCAACGAGGACGGAUCAAUGGGCGUAUCGAAUUCCUUUUGCUGUCCAGUGGAUAUGGAUCCCCUUUCUCGCAGUCGGCCUCUUCUUCGCCCCCGAGAGUCCCUGGUGGCUGGUCCGUAAAGGCCGUGUCGAAGAGGCCGAAGCCGCCCUGAAGCGCCUGGCAACAAGAGACUCAUCGGCCAAGGUCGACAUCAAGGCAACGCUGGCCAACAUCCAAGAGACGACCAUGCACGAGAUCGAGGUGGAAAAGGACACGACGUACAUCGAGUGCUUCCGCGGCUCGAACCGCACGCGCACCGAGGUGGCCAUCAUGGUGCAGAUCUGGCAAGUCACCACGGGGAUCUCGCUGAUCGGGUACGCGACGUACUUUUUCGAACUCGCCGGUCUCCCCGUCUCUGCGGCCUUCGACAUGGGGGUGGGCAACACGGCCAUCGGCUUCGUGGCCACGUGCUCCUCGUGGGUGCUGAUGUCGUGGUUCGGCCGACGCACCAUCUUCAUGUCCGGCGUCGCGGCCAUGUGCGUGGCGCUGUUCGUCAUCGGCGGCCUGGACUGCGCGCCAGACUACACCCGCCGCCCGGGGCUGGCGUGGGCCCAGGCGGCGUUGCUCGACGUGCUCACCUUCGUCUUCCAGGGCACCGUCGGCCCCGUCAACUUUGUCAUCUUUGCCGAAAUCGGCGCCACCCGGCUGCGGUCCCAGACGGUCGCGCUGGCCACGAGCAGCGGCUCCGUCGCCCAGAUCGUCAUGACCGUCGUCAUCCCCUACAUGCUCAACGCCUCGUCGGGGAACUGGAGAGGCAAGACGGGCUUCUUCUUUGGCGGCAUCAGCGCCCUGGCCACCGUGUGGUGCUUUUUCAGGCUGCCCGAGACGAAAGGGAGGACCUUUGACGAGCUGGAUCACAUGUUCGAAGCAGGAGUUCCACCUAGGAAGUUCAAAGACUACAACGUUUUGGAUUCGCGGAUUGGCGUUGGUGGUGAUGAGGCAGCCUGA